AUGGCUGAAGAAGAGAAUUCUGACUCAUCUAUUCAUAGUUUUCCAGAGGUAAUAAUAAAUGAAAACAUCCCAGAUGCUAAUUUAGAGCUUUUUGACGUUAGAACUGAAGAAAUUAAUAAUGUACCAAAUAAGGAUUUUUACUCCGAGUGUCUGUCGAAAAUCAGAAUCAGCACAAAAAACACUUCAUCCGUAUUACAACAAGAAAAACAAGUAAAAUCCAAAGACCCGUUUAAUAUCGCAACUUUCGAUAAAGAAGAAAGCAUCGAUGAUGUUAUUCAAAAGCAACUAUACUAAAUUCCUGGGGAUAGCGCGGAAUACGCUAUCCCCAGGACCAACCGGGAUCGGAUCCACACAUGGAACGGGGGUUCCAUGUGUGGAUCCAUUUUUGACAUGUGAGAUAUUUACUUUCACGUGCCAAAAAUGGAUCCACACAUGGAAACCCUCGUUCCAUGUGGGAUCCGAUCCCGGUUGGUCCUGGGGAUAGCGUAUUCCGCGCUAUCCCCAGGAAUUUUCUAUAGAUAAUAUUGAGGUAAAAAAUAGACGGAGAUCGACUCUAAACAAUAAUCGUCCUAAGCCACCUCCUCCUCUGAUAUCUCAAAAAAAUAUAUUUGAGCCUGGAAGCUGUUUUAGCUGAUUUGUAAUUAAAGGAAAAUGCAUUAGAGAUAUAAUCCCAGAUUAUGAGUUGUUCCACUGCCGCGCAAUUUUCAACAAUUUACUCAAAAGCAACCAAGCGUGCUAUGAAGCUAUUUUUGGCUUAGCCAAACUGUUAGCGCAUGAAAGCAAAUAUGAUGAAUCAAUUCAACUAGUUAAGGAUGCUCUAAAAUUAAAGCCUAAUGACCAGCUUUUUCAAACAUGAUAUGCCUUUCUACAAAUGAAAAAUGCCCGCAAAACAAAAUCUGAAGCCCUUAAAAAUAAAGCUUUAUUUGAGAGUCUUUUAAGAAAUUACCCAAAUGAAAUAGAACUAUUAUGAGGACUAAUGGAACUUUCUUUAUCAGGUUUGCUGGCCCAUAGAGUAGAAAUCGAAGUUCCCCAGCAUUAUGCGACAAAAAUCAAAGAUAUUGACAAUUACUAUGGUUAUUUGGCUUGGAGUGCAAUUUUUUCUAGUGAAGGAAAAGAGCAGAAAUCUUUAGACAUCAUAAAAGAACUCGCCAGAUUAAACCCAACUAAGCCAGAAGCUCAUUUGUUUUUAUGGGAUUACUAUUAUCAUAAAAUUCAAGACUAUUCAGCUGCAGAAGAUGUAUCGACAGAAGCAUUUCUCAAAAUAACUGAAUAUGAAUGCUACAACGUAUUAUCUUGCAUUAAGUACGCAAAAUCUUUAUUUAAAAACGGAAAAUACAGAAACUGCUUUGAGCUUUUGCAGCAAAAAUUUCUUGAGCAUCCUACCUAUACUGUUUUCUUAUACCAGUAUGGAAAACUUUGCACUAAGUCAGAAGACUAUUCAUUUAACGGCUCAGCUAUAGGAGCUUUACAAGAAUGCUUAAGAAUCUGUGACAAAGGAAGAUAUGGAGUUAUACACUAUUGGCUUGCAAAAGCUUUCUUACUAGGCAGACAUCCAAUAGAUGCUUAUUACUCAAUGGAAAGUGCUCUUGAAUGUUUGGAACUUUCUGAGCAAAAGAAAAUUGAUGAGAUGAACCAUGAAAUGAAAAAUUUCAAAGAACAAAUUGAAGCUUUAGAAUCAGUAGAAAACUUUUUAAAAGGUAGAAUAAUUACAAUAGAAGGAAUUGAGAGAUAUAAAUUACUUUCUAAAAAAGUCAAAGAUCUUCAUAGAUUCAGCGGGGAUAUAUUACUUGCAAAAAUUUUAUGGGCAGAAGGCCACCAAGAAGAAGCGCUAUCUGUUUUAACUAAAACUGCUGCAGCAUCUGGAGGAAGAUUAGCUGCAUAUUUUCAGCUUUAUGAAUAUUUAUGGAUAAACAAAGAUUACAACACUUUGAAGCAGCUCUGUAAAGACAUGAUUAAAAAAUGCAAAAAUCAUCAAAUCCCGACAAAGGAAUGGAUGAAAGCUCAUAUCUUGUAUUCAAAAGUCCUUGUCAAGAAUUCUAAUCCAGCUAAAGCAAUUUUAUUAUUAAAGUGUUUAGCAAAAGUUUUUCCUCCUUUACCUUUUUCUAGUGUCCAAUAUACAAAGCAUCUUCAAAAAGCGACAUCUAUAAAAGACCUUCAAGAUUUAACUCUUCUUUGUUUAAACUCAAAAAAAAUUUGCUCGCUAUAUAAGGGACUAUUUUUUUUUAAAAAUUUAAAGAUAAAAUUUAAUAAAAAGAUUUUUUCUCAUACGCUAACCAAUGGGAAAUUUAUAAUGGUUUGCUCACUAAGCAAGAGAAGAGUAAGUAACAUCCAAAAAGAAGGACCCUCAAAUGAAAUCAGCGAAUAUCUAGAGUCCCUCACUAAAUCUGAAUCGCCAAGACCCCUAACUCUACCCCAUCCGUGAGCGAAUAAAAAAAUUCUGUUUGCUCAUAAGGAUAAUUUUUUUUUAAAAAAAUUUAUAUAGAAAUUUUAUAGCGAAAAUUUUUUGUAAAAUUUAAAAAAAUCCCAAUUCGAAAUAAUUUUAAAGCAAACAUAAAUUAGAUUUGAAAAAUUUAUGCUUAAAAAUGCAAGCUGUUUAAAAUUAAACAGAAUUCGCAAGAGAUUUCAUUAUAAUAAUUAUUAUUACUUAUAUAUCAAAAUAUUUUUUAAUCAGAAAUUUCUGCAUUAAAAAAAUUUUUAUUAGUUAUAAAUUGUGGAUUUUACUUAAAAAUUAGUUGUUUUUCCAAUGGUUUUUGUUCACUCACGGAGGGGGGAGUAAGAGAAAGGCGACUUCUUACUGAUCAAGCAAUGGAUGAAGAAAAUGAAGAAAAAGCUGGUGAAGAAAUAGAGCUUCCCAUAGUAGAAGUUAAUGAGAGAAGAUCCUUUAGCUUAAGAACAAGAAACAUCAAGAAAUUCAACUCUUUAUCAAUUAUGACUGAGUUUGAGGAUGAGGAAAUGGAAAUGAUAUUGAACAAUAAAGGAAAUAUAAAAAACUUAAACGCCCCUCUACCUACAGGAGAAGGAGCUUAUGUUGGCUUCUCAAUUUGUUCCGAACCAACUUUUUUAUAUAAAAUUGGAAAAAUAGCUGCAAGCUUUGGGGUAAUGAUUGAAGAUGGGCUAUUUGCUAUCCAUGACUAUAUUUUACUGUUAGUAUACGAAAGAGAUCCAGUCUUUUAUGAAAAAAGAAAAUCAAAAGCUCUAUACUGGAAAGUAUUUUUGUUUUUGCAUUUAAAUGACCAUCAGUCAGCACUUGCACUAAUUCCAAAAAUAAGACCAAGUUUCACUCCAGCAAAAAUUGAGAAAUUGAACAACAUGUUAAGAAGCAAGAACAUUGAUGUGAAAAUAAGUUAA